CAGCAGAGGAGUUGCCUGGCUGCAGCAGAGAAGCUUGAACAGCAAUACAGAGACAAGGUGUGUGCAACAGGGAAGGAGGUGGAAUGAAAGAAGCUGAGGUGACAUUUAAGCGAGCUAACUGAAAGAGUAUCUGGAAGCUGAACAUGUCUCUAGGGUACUAAAGGAUCUGACUGUGACAUAGAUUUUUGCUGAAGAACACAAUUUGUAGCAUCUCAACCCAAGUCAUCUACUCGCUUAUCAAGCUAUACCAGAAGGUGCUCAAGAAUGGCUGCCGGUCUGGAGAAAGCUUGUCACCGAUGCAUAUCAAAAAUUGCCAGCAAUGCAUGCUUUAUUUUUGGUCUUCUUGCUUUCCUUGCUUUACCAUUGUCCAUGGCUUUUACAGGAAUGAAGUUUUUGGAAGAUUGCCCUAUACAACCACUAAUUCCCUUAUAUCUGUUGGUGGGUGGUGUUGUCGGCAGUUUAAAGGUGACCCUUCUGCUAUAUGACUCCACUAGGAUGAGGCACCUGCUUUCUAAAUCUGUCAUGAUUGAUGAUGACGAUGACGACGAAUACCCAUGGAGGCAGAAUGCUCACAAAUACUACAUCCAUCUUACCCUCAGCCUCUUUCUCUUUAUCUGGUUCAUACUGGGGAACUAUUGGGUGUUUUCUGUUUACCUGCCAAAUUUCAUCCCACCUUUCCACCAGCCCCAGGAUUACUGUGACAAAAUCCUGUACAUUUUUGCAGUUGGUGUUCUCAUUGUUAGCCAUACUGUGCUAGUGCUGCUUAUCUUCUGUAGCUGCUGCAUAUACUGCUUUUCUAGGUGCAGAUAUGCUGCUGAAGAAGACUAAAAGCCAUAUAAACUAAGCCACAGUUGUUAGGUAAAGGGCAUAAAAUGAAAAAAGGCAAUAAUUCACCAAUGUGCAUGUAUUUAUGCAUAUAGAUGUGUGUGUGCGCGCAUGCACGCUCACGUGUGUGUGUAUAUAUAUAUAUACACACACACACACACACACACACACACACACACACACACACACACCAAUAGCAGCCACAAAAUGAGGAAAUUUGUAUAAGCCAGUACCAUCUGGAUCUCUGAUUUGUGAUUAGCAUACAGCAUUGUAAAGUAAAAUUGCUGCUAUUGAUGCCAAUCUGCUCUUCUUUUAACUUUUACAACCAUUUUAGAACUGUUUGGGAUUUUAUUUGGAAUGUCAAAAUGUGUAGCUGAGUUCUGCAGAUGGUAAACUUCUCUACACCUUAUUCCCUAUGUUCCCUAGGCUUUUAGGGACUCUGCAAUGCAGGAAUAAUAAUACUAAUAAAUGUACUGUACCAACUCCAAAUUACUCAAAUACCGUAUCUUCUCACAUAUAACCUGUCCCCAAAUAUAAUAUGUAUACUACUUUGGAAGGCCCCAGGAAGGAAAAUGAAUCUUAACUUUGAGUACAGGUAAAUAUCUGAGGGGAUCUUUGGGGCUUGAGACUGGAGGAUGGUAGGCCACAUGCUGGGGCUGGGGGUUGGGAGCCAGGAGCUGCGUGCUGGGGCUGAGGGCUUGCAGGGGUUGGCAGCUGGGGCUCCAUGCUGGUGCUGGGGGCUGUAGAUCAGUCCUGACCCCAUGACUUGGCCUGAUACAGCUGUGGUGGUGCUGAGGACCAUGCAGCGGGGCUAGGCCUGAUCCAGCUACAGCAUGCUGGGGGCUGCACAGCAAGGCUGGGUCAGUUCAGGCCAUGGUGGCACUGGGGGGCUAUGUGGUGUAUUCAACCCUGCACACUGUCUCUGGAGUUGCAUGACAGGCCUGAGCAAGCACAUAGCCUGAGAGCCAGUGCACAUGGGCUCAGACUCGGAACGCCACCUCCACCAAGCUGGUGGUGGGGAGUGGUGGCAGCAUUAAUUGCCAUGGCUCUGGGAGCCAUGGCAAUUAAUACAGCCACUGCUCCUGCCCCCUGCCCUUGCUGCCAAACGUCCAUACCCAUGGGGAGCCUUUUCCUUGCAUAUAAUAGGCAUUCCAAUUUUACUCAAUUGGUUUGGAGCAGGUGGAGUGGGGUUUAUAGGCAAGAAAAUACAGUAAAUUUUAGGAGCAAUUCUAAUGCCACUUCUGAGCAUGUAAGUGCUCUCCCUUACAGGAAUACAGAGACAUCUGCACACCUUGGGAAGGUGAUCCUGUUCCUAUAAAGGAAAUAUUACAUAUCUAAAGUGGGUAAUAGAAUCAUUUCUACCCUUUAGGCAAGGGGUUUUGGUGAUACCUUUCACUGGACAAGCUGUAUAAUCAAGGGGGAUGUUGGAUAAAUUUUUGGGCACAGCGUAUGAAGAAGGGCUCUUGGCCAACAUCUCUCCCAACUAUACAGUUGGUCCAAUGAAACACACCAUUGCCUGUCAUAGAUUUCCUGGGCCAUCACGGCUAUAACAAUACUCCAAACCUACUUCUAUGCUUCAGUCAGGUAACACAGAGUUGGUACUUGGUACAAGCUAUUCUUGGGUCACCACUGGGUGAAAUAGGUUUCUGCUCUAAAUGAUUUAACCAAAGCCACAUGGUAAAUCUGUGUCAGAGCUAGGCACUGAACCCAGAUUUCCUGACCAUCAACCACAAGGUCUGCCAGGCUUUCUAGGAGAAAAGAAGGAAGAGGAGUGUACAGGAGGGAAGUGUUACUGUCUCCAUUUCUGUACAAUAUAAUCUAACAGUAACCAGAUAGCAAAAAGAAGUUCUUAAAUACACAGGAAAAUUGACAUUUGUGGUAUUUUAAAUAUACUAUUUGACAAAAUGAUGUGGGGCAUGAUAUUGGUAUUGAAUAUAAAGUGUUUAUUUUGACAGUGCAUUGGUUGUGAUUUAAAGGUGUCUGAUUUGUUCCCCUUAAUGGAGUACAUGUGUAAAUCUCUGCUCACUGAAUGGAUGUGGCAAAAGCAAAGGGUCAGCUUUAAAAGCACCGGCAUGCAUGGUAGCAAUUGUUUUGUGGUGUGUAAUGGUAUUAACCUGUUACUGAUCUUGAUGGACACUAUUUGUAUGAUGAUAAAUGCAAUAUAAAAUGCUCUUUUUGGUUUU